UAUACCAGUUUUUUACCUCAAACUUCUGACGUAUUAUACUUGGUUUCCGGUGACAUACGUCUUUUAGUUAAUACACAAUUGAUAGAUCGACAAAAGACCCUUAAGUUUAAGCAUUUUUCCGAUUUUCAGGGACUUGGUCCCAAGGAUGUAAACUAUUUGAUCGAAGAUUUAUACUCAGCAUUAGUUACAGCUAAAGCUAUCAACGUCAUCAAACAAAAUG